UUAUCUGUCAGACCAAGGACAUCAGCCGGGACCCACAUUCUCCUCUGUCCACGGCACAUGAGACUUUUGGCCUCAGGCUUUAUUCCAGUGGGCUGCAGAGUGAGUUCAAGACCAGUCUUGACAGCUUAAUGAAAUGGUGUCUCAACAUUAAGAGGGGCGGAGCGCAUGUCUCUAACUCCAGCACACAGGGAGGAGGGCAGAGUGGACACGAGUGGAUCCUGCACCUCGCUGGCAAGCCGAUAAGGCAAAAGUGGUAAGAUCCAGGUUCACUGAAAGAACUGGUCUCAAAAAAUAGUGAUGGGGAAGACACCUGACAUCAACCUCUGACCUUCACAGACACGCACGGCGCAUAUGCACAGGUAUACACACAGGCUCGGGCACAUGUACUGGCACACAUGCACAGGUAAACAGAAACACAGGCAUACAUACACACACAUUAAAAAAAAGUACUUUUUGGGGUUGGGGAUUUGGCUCAGUGGUAGAGCGCUUGCUUAGCAACCGCAAGGCCCUGGGUUCGGUCCCCAGCUCCGAAAAAAAAAGAAAAAAAAAAAAAAGUACUUUUUAAAGGACAAAACUAUACCUGGGUUCGGUCCCCAGCUCCGAAAAAAAGAACCAAAAAAAAAAAAAAAAAAAAAAAGGACAAAACUAUACUGGUAGUGUGCUAACCUAGCAAGCAUGCCAUGGGCCUACGUUCAAUACUAAAUACUUAAAUGCAUGGAUGGAUGGACAGACAGACAGACAGAAUAAAUUGGUGGGGGAGGGGGGAUGAGAAGCCUUCCAUCCAAUUUCCUCUCUGUUCUACUUGUCGAGAAUAUAUUACUGGUAAAUUCUUCACUUAGCCAAGUGCAGUGUGAUUCUAUGAUUGGCCCCAUGGAAAAUGUGGCUUCACCCUGUGGCGGUAGAGAGGAGCCCAGGUGUCCGUAAUCACCGGCCUUUCUGAGGAUGGCCAGUGAAAUCAGUCAGCUAGCAAAGAGGCUAAGGAAACAAUUAGCUUUGCCUUCAAAUCUGCUUCCACAUCGCCCCCUGGGGUACAUACAAAUCUGGCCAAGUCAGUUCCAGCUUGGGGCCUUCCUGUCCUUUGCUUCCUAUCAGAUCCUUUGAAGGCUCGGACUCGUGAGUGAGCCCUGAGCACAGGCUCCAGGCCUCCACAGUCUGGCUUCUUUGACAUAGUUACUGCCCUUGCCUGGCUCGCUCUUUUGUUUUUUUAUGUGCGUGGGUGUUUGUCUCCGUGUAUGUCUGUGCACCAUAUGUUUGCCAAGUGCCUGAAGAGGCUAGAAAACGAUAACAGAUCGCCUGAAGAUGGCGUUAAGGAUAUCUGUGGGCCACUGUGUAGGUGCUGGUAAUCAAACCCACUCCUCUAAAAGAACAGCCGGUGCCUUACCUGCUGUGCCAACUCUCCAGCCCCUUAGCUCUCUCUUAACGCUGUCAACACCCCAAACCUCUAAGAGUGCAGAGCACUGGAUCCUGAAGCCCCUCUCCUAAUUCAUGGGCCGGCUCUUACUGGCUUGUCAGAAAUGAAAACACCAGGUCAUCGAGGCUCUGUUCAGAACCUACCAUGAUUCCUGUUCUGGUCACAAGGCCUGACUCUGUCAUAGCUCUUGGGCCUUCACAGGUGCUUGUAAGCAUUGGUACUGAGAUAGUGUACCAAGUCACACUCCAUGGGGGACCUCUGUGACCCUGCCGUGCUGUCAACUUUAAAUUUUCUAUUAACUUAGUAAAUAAUAAUCCUCUGCUGCUUUAUGAUUCAAACAGCAUCUCCACAGUAGGUCAAGUUGGCCUUAAACUCACAGCACUCCUACCUCAGCUACUUAAGUACUAGUCUCAGCCACAUAGAAAGUACUCAGUCCAGUACUGAGGCCAGCCUGGGCUAUGUGAAGCCCCAUUGCAAAAACAAACAAGAGGAAGAGGAAGAGGAAGAGGAAGGGUCAGGAAGCCGAGAUGAAGAUAGCUCAGUUGGUAGAGUGCUUUUCUAGAGUUCAGAAAGCCCUGGGUUCAAUUCCCUAUCUCUGCAGGAGGCAGGCAGAUUACUAGUUCAGCAUCAUCCUCAACUGCAUAGCAAGUUCAAGGCCAGCCUGGGCUGUAUGAGACCCUCUCUUUAAGAAGAAAAGCACAGGGGGCUAAGGAGAUGCACCUUAGGACAGGGCACUUGCCUGGCAUGUGCUGUUACCUCAGAGGUAGCGUCUAUGCUGUUUUAACCAAUUAUGCCCCUUUUUGUGAAGGGACAGCCCUCCUCAGCAGAUGUCAUCAUUGUCUGUCUCUCCCCCUCCCAACCGUCCUCCAUCUCCCCAACCCCAGUCUUCCCCAGCUGUCUUUCCUCUCUCCCAGUUUCCCUCCAUGUUCUAACAUGUCAUUUCUCUCCUGGCAACUCCUGGUUACAAUUCCAUGUCUUACUUAUAGUGCCAGGCAGUUCCUAGGUCUUUUGCUUGCCUUUGUCCCUUUUUCUUUUUUUAAUGAUUUAUUUCUUUUUAUUUUAUGUAUAUUGGUGUUUUGCCUGCAUGUAUGUCUGUGCGAGGAUGUCAGAUCCCCUGAAACAUGAGUUACAGAUAGUUGUGAGCUGACAUGUGGCUGCUGAGAAUAGAACUUGGGUUCUGUGGAAACGCAGCCAGUGCUCUUAACCACCCAGCCAUCUCUCCACCCCUGCCUGCCUUUAUCCUAAUACAACCAAGGUGGACACUAUCUGUUUGUUUGAUCGAUUGGUUGGUUAGUCUGGUUUUUGGGACAGGGGCUAAUUGUAUAACCAGGCUGUGUAAGCCCAUGAAAUUCAACAUUAGUGGCCCUGCCUCAGCUUUUGAAGUGCUGAGGUCACAGGAAUGAGCCACCACACUCAGUCUCACUUUAAAGAUUAGUAAAUUGGCCUGGAGAGGUAGCUUGGUAGUAAAGAGCACUGGCUGCUCCUACAGAGACCCAGGUUCAAUUCCCAGCACUCACAUGGUGGCUCACAGCCAUCUGAAACGCCCUCACCUAGCCUCCAAGAGCACCAGACACGUACCUUUCACACAUACUUACAUGCAGACAAAACACUUAUACACAGAAAAUAAACUGUAAAAGUAGUUUUAAUAUUUUAAAAUAAAUAAAGUUGAGAACUGAGGCUCAGAGAGAGUCGUUUGUCUAGACACAGCCUAUCAGAAGCAGGGCCUGGGGUGAGGCCUGAAGAUAGCUUCGUUCCAGUCCCUGACCACAUGGCCUCCUCCCUUGUACAGUGUGUUCUCUCUGUCUUGGUAUCGGUCAUCAGCCUUGCCAGCUGAUGUUUGACUUUCUCUGUCCACAUUUUAGCCGGAGGAUUCUUUAGUCUCGACAGUGUGUUUUAAGUGAACUGUGUUUCUUACUCUGGCUUUCUUAGCAUGUCUCUCCGGGUUUCUUCCUCCUUCCUCUCAUGCCCCCAUGUCCAUCCUUACAGGGGAGCUCUCUCUGCCCUUCCCUCCUUCCUUCUCUGUGGCAGCCACCAAUCCCGCCGUGGUGGAAUGAAUACUGCUCUACCGGCUAGGGCAGGGCGGGCGGAGCAGGAGAACUGUGGGAAAGCAGUGUGGCUGUGCGGGAACAGUUCGUGAGGGAGCCCAAAGGGCUGAGGAUGCCUGGAAAUCUGAACUGGGACGUUACCAGGGGUUGAGGAAAGCCAGUGAUCUUGGGAAAGGGUUCAUCCACUUGGGAAGGGUGGCACACACCUGUAAUCCCAGCACUUGGGAAAUAGAAGUAGGAUUGUCCCCGGUUUGAGACCAUAUUGGCUAUGCAGUGAGUUCUAGACCAGCCAGGGCUGCAGAGUGAUAAAAAGCGGGAGCAGGUGAAGGUGAGAUCUCAGGACUGGAUCCUGGGGAUGAUAGUAGCCGACAAGAAAGCCUCCAGGCAAGGAGCGGGACGGAGUCUGAGAGCAGACCAAAUCCACAGUGUCCCCGAUGUGACACUUACCCACCUCCGAGUCAUAAGUGCUAUCCCCCAAAAUGUUCCUUCCUGGCCAGGUGUGACGGCUCAUGCCUUUAGUUCCAGCCUGUGGGAGGCAGAGGCAGGUGGAUCGCUGAGAGUUCAAAAGAAAUCGAGUUCCAGGAGAGCCGAGGCAGUUACACAGAGAAACCCUGACUUGAAAGACAAAAACAACAAAAAUCCCCCCCCCCUUUCUCAUGUGACUCCAUGACUAACAUGAAGUAAAAUGUGAGGGACACUGGGAUUGAGAACUCGAAGGUAGGGGUUGGGGAUUUAGCUCAGUGGUAGAGCGCUUGCCUUGGAAGCGCAAGGCCCUGGGUUCGGUCCCCAGCUCCAGAAAAAAAAAAAAAAAAAGAGAACUCGAAGGUAGGCCUCCUGCCUCCUGGCCCUCAUCUCAGUGAGGCUGGGGAAGGAUCUGGAGCUUGCCAGUCUCCUUGAUUUCAUCCCUGCCUAGGCAUCUUGCCCUGGUGGCAGGAAGCGUCACACUGAAGGCCAUCCCCUCCCCCUUGCCCAUGGGCUGCAGAACAUCGGUCCAGGGUGCUACCAUCACUGCACACAGCAGCCUGACCAGAAUCAGCCUGUAGACGGGAUUUUUAGUAAACCCUCCCCACAGGCCCCUGUGGCCCCUUCUUUGUCCUGCCCAGCUAAGCAGAGAGGGUCCGAGGGUACCUAACCUGGAAGGUCCUAUAACCCUGCAAGCCCAUCUCACUGAUAUUUUCCUUUUGAUGUUGGGGGAUUGAGCUGAGGGCCCUGCACGUCCUGUGCAAACACUGUAGCACUGACUUAACCUAUUCGUGUGUUCAAGCCUUUGCCUUGAACCCCAGCCACAGAGUUCCAGAGCUGUGGCUCCUCCACUUCCCUAAGAGGAGAAGGAGAUUGCAGGGGUGGGGGUGGGGGGCAAGGCAGAGACUUCUCCUCAGCAUUUCCCUCAGAGGUUGGGACCCCAUUUCCCAGACCUCUGGUUUACCUGCCCUUUCCCCAACCUGUUUUCUCUUUGCUCUGGCAGUGGGCAGCAGGGUGAGCCAGGAGCUGCAUUACACCAAAGAGAAGCUGGGGGAGGAGGCUGCCUACACCUCCCAGAUGUUGAUUCAGACUGCACGCCAGGAGGGGGCAAACAUCCUCACCCCCGAGGCGCUUGGCUUUCACCUCCAGGCAGCCCUCACCGCCAGUAAAGUACAAGUCUCACUUUAUGGGAAGUCCUGGGAUUUGAACAAAAUCUGCUACAAAUCAGGGGUUCCCCUUAUUGAAAAUGGAAUGAUCGAGCGGAUGAUUGAGAAGCUGUUUCCCUGUGUGAUCCUCACCCCGCUUGACUGCUUCUGGGAAGGAGCCAAACUCCAAGGGGGUUCUGCCUACUUGCCGGGCCGCCCUGAUAUCCAGUGGACCAACCUGGAUCCCCAGCAGCUCCUAGAGGAGCUGGGCCCCUUUGCCUCUCUGGAGGGCUUCCGGGAGCUGCUAGACAAGGCACAGGUGGGCCAGGCCUAUGUGGGGCGACCCUGUCUGGACCCUGAUGACCCCCACUGUCCACCUAGUGCUCCCAACCGUCACAGCAGGCAGGCUCCCAAUGUGGCUCAGGAGCUGAGUGGGGGCUGCCAUGGCUUCUCCCACAAGUUCAUGCACUGGCAGGAGGAACUGCUACUGGGGGGCACAGCCAGAGAUCUCCAAGGACAGCUGCUGAGGGCGGAGGCCUUCCAGAGCACCUUCCUGCUGAUGAGCCCCCGUCAGCUGUAUGAGCACUUCCGGGGCGACUACCAGACACAUGACAUCGGCUGGAGUGAGGAGCAGGCCAGCAUGGUGCUGCAGGCCUGGCAGAGGCGCUUUGUGCAGCUAGCCCAGGAGGCUCUGCCAGCCAACGCAUCCCAGCAGAUCCAUGCUUUCUCCUCCACCACCCUGGAUGACAUCCUGCAGGCGUUCUCGGAAGUCAGUGCCACCCGUGUGGUAGGAGGCUAUCUGCUCAUGCUGGCCUAUGCCUGCAUAACAAUGCUACGGUGGGACUGCGCCCAGUCCCAGGGUGCCGUCGGUCUUGCUGGGGUGUUGCUCGUGGCCCUGGCGGUGGCCUCAGGUCUUGGGCUUUGUGCCCUACUUGGCAUCACUUUCAAUGCUGCCACUACUCAGGUACUGCCCUUCUUAGCUCUGGGCAUCGGUGUGGAUGACAUCUUCCUGCUGGCACAUGCAUUCACAAAGGCCCCACCCAACACUCCUCUCCCAGAGCGCAUGGGUGAGUGUUUGCGACGCACCGGCACCAGUGUGGCACUCACGUCCAUCAACAACAUGGUCGCCUUCUUCAUGGCUGUUCUGGUUCCCAUCCCUGCGCUGCGGGCUUUCUCCCUGCAGGCAGCCAUAGUGGUCGGCUGCAACUUUGCAGCGGUAAUGCUUGUCUUCCCCGCUGUCCUCAGCCUCGACCUGCGCCGGCGCCACCGCCAGCGCCUCGACGUUCUCUGCUGCUUUUCUAGCCCCUGCUCUGCUCAGGUCAUUCAGAUGCUGCCCCAGGAACUAGGGGACAGAGCCGUACCAGUGGGCAUUGCCCACCUGACUGCCACUGUGCAAGCUUUUACCCACUGCGAAGCCAGCAGCCAGCACGUAGUCACCAUUUUGCCUCCUCAAGCCCACCUGCUGUCUCCAACUUCUGACCCACUGGGCUCUGAACUCUACAGCCCUGGGGGGUCCACACGGGACCUUCUCGGUCAGGAGGAGGGGACGAGGCCAAAGGCGUCCUGCAGGUCUCUGCUCUGUGCCCACUGGACUCUCGCCCAUUUUGCCCGCUAUCAGUUUGCGCCUUUACUGCUCCAGACACAAGCCAAGGCCCUGGUGUUGCUGUUCUUCGGGGCUCUUUUGGGUCUGAGCCUCUAUGGAGCCACCUUGGUCCAAGAUGGGCUGGCCCUGACAGAUGUGGUCCCUCGGGGCACUAAGGAACAUGCUUUCCUGAGCGCCCAGCUCAGGUACUUCUCCCUGUACGAGGUGGCCCUGGUGACACAGGGUGGCUUUGACUACGCCCACUCCCAACGCGCCCUCUUUGAUCUGCACCAGCGCUUCAGUUCCCUCAAGGCUGUGCUCCCCCCACCUGCGGCCCAGGCCCCCCGCACCUGGCUGCACUACUACCGCAGCUGGCUACAGGGUAUCCAGACCGCAUUUGACCAAGACUGGGCUUCUGGGCGCAUCACCCGCAACUCUUACCGCAACGGCUCUGAAGAUGGCGCCCUGGCCUACAAGCUGCUCAUCCAAACCGGGAAUGCCCAGGAACCUCUGGAUUUCAACCAGCUGACCACAAGGAAACUGGUGGACAAGGAGGGACUCAUUCCCCCAGAACUCUUCUACAUGGGGCUAACCGUGUGGGUGAGCAGCGACCCCCUGGGCCUAGCAGCCUCUCAGGCCAACUUCUACCCCCCACCUCCGGAAUGGCUGCAUGACAAGUACGAUACCACUGGAGAGAACCUUCGCAUCCCGGCAGCCCAGCCCUUGGAGUUUGCCCAGUUCCCCUUCCUGUUGCAUGGACUCCAGAAGACUGCAGACUUUGUGGAAGCCAUCGAAGGGGCCCGGGCGGCAUGCACAGAGGCAGGCCAGGCAGGGGUGCACGCCUACCCCAGUGGCUCUCCCUUUCUCUUCUGGGAGCAGUACCUGGGCCUUCGGCGCUGCUUCCUCUUGGCGGUCUGCAUCUUGCUGCUCUGCACCUUCCUCGUCUGUGCUCUGCUCUUACUCAACCCGUGGACAGCUGGCCUCAUAGUGCUGGUCCUGGCGAUGAUGACUGUGGAGCUCUUUGGUAUCAUGGGAUUCCUGGGCAUCAAACUGAGUGCCAUCCCCGUGGUAAUCCUCGUGGCCUCUGUAGGCAUCGGUGUUGAAUUCACGGUUCAUGUGGCUCUGGGCUUCCUGACCAGCCAUGGUAGCCGGAACCUGCGGGCUGCUCGCGCUCUGGAGCAGACCUUUGCCCCAGUGACUGAUGGAGCUGUCUCUACAUUGCUGGGUCUGCUCAUGCUUGCUGGUUCUAACUUUGACUUCAUCAUAAGGUACUUCUUCGUGGUGCUGACGGUGCUGACACUCUUGGGCCUGCUCCAUGGACUCCUGCUGCUUCCUGUGCUGCUGUCCAUCCUGGGCCCCCCACCACAGGUGGUCCAGAUAUACAAGGAGAGUCCACAGGCCCUAAGCUCCACAGCCCCACAGAGGGGUGGGCUCAGGUGGGGCGUGUCCCCCACCCUGCCCCAGAGUUUUGCCAGAGUGACUACCUCCAUGACUGUGGCCCUCCACCCACCACCACUACCUGGAGCAUACGUCCACCCAGCCUCCGAUGAGCCCACGUAGUCUGCCGCUGCCAACUUAUCAACAGCUCUAGCAACCUCAGUUCUAGAGGACCGGACUAGCCACUGAGUGGAAGAGUAUCAGAAUCACAGAGACCUCACAGGGCCACACAGAGUCCCUGGGAAGCAGUGGGUGAGGUAUGAAAUGCAGGCUGGACCCCAGAGGGCUACAUGCUGCUAUCUGUCUCCUCUCCUAACUCAGUUACUGCAACCUUAGCUGAUCCCCAAAGAGAACAGCUCCUGCUCAGACAAGAGCCUCCUCACACAUAGGAACUCACGGGAGUUCAUGUCUGUAUGCAGGUUGGGCCAAAAGGCUACAUUCUGGCUGCAGUGCAGCCCUGUCCUGUCCUGUCCCACACUGACACCUCAGUAGACCAAGCCUGAGGGUUCCUAGUUCAUUCUCCCAUCCCUGGCCUUUCAUUGCUUGAUGACUCCUAGGGAGGCCCUCUGUACCCCUCCCUCCCUCCUACCAUAUAAAUUAUUUAUAUGAAGAUGUUUAUUUUUGUAUAUAGAUGCUAUCACUGCUCAAAGUUCUAUUUUUAAAGAGUGAAAUAUAUUCUAUACAAACUCA